AUGGUGAAUUGAGGUGGAUUUUCAGUAUAUUUGGGCGGAAAUUGGUAAAGUGACUAAAGUGUCAAAAUCAUAAGCUUUUUGUUCAAGAUUUAACUGUCUCUUUUGACUACUCUUCUUCCCUCUCUCACUGGACUGCGCUGUGACUGGUGAGGAGUGAGGACCCGUGUCAAACACAUUCCACGCACUCUUCUUCUCCGUACUAAUGGCCACCAGCAACAGAGACGAUCCUCUUGCAUUCAUGAUCAAUCCUCUCGCGUCGGCGUCCUCUCCGGUGGCCGUGUCAGACGCCGACAGCUACCUCCUAGACGGCUCUCAGAUCGGGAGCGCUUCCGGGAGCUUCCAGAACGAGAGUUUCCUCGGCGGACUCGAUGUCGCCGGCGGAGGGGACGCGGAGUUCGGCUUCUCCCGACCCGAUUUCCGGCAGAGCCCUCUGGUUGGCACCGUCGAGUUUUACGAGCGCCACGUCUUCCUCUGCUACAAGAACCCCCAGGUCUGGCCUCCCCACAUCGAGGCCACUGAGUUCGAUCGCUUGCCCAGGCUUCUAGCUGCUGUUCUGUCUGCUCGCAGGGCUGAUAUGAAACGGAAGACCCGUUUGACAAUAUGUGAAGGACGUGAUGGAACUGAGACAUCAAAUGGGGAUGUGUUAAUCUUUCCGGACAUGAUCAGAUACAGGAGAUUGACUCAUUUUGAUGUGGAUACAUUUGUUGAGGAGGUACUUGUGAAAGACUGUGUAUGGUUGCCUGGAACUCCAGAAGCUCUUAGGGGAUGGUAUGUUUUUGUAUGCUGUCAUGGUACAAGGGAUCGCAGGUCCGGUUAUUGUGGGCCACCCAUAGUUAAUAGGUUUAAAGAGGAGAUAGAGUCACGAGGGCUUAAAGGUAAAGUGUCCGUUAGCCCAUGUUCACACAUUGGUGGCCACAAGUAUGCUGGGAAUUGCAUCAUAUUUGGGCCUAGUGGUAGCAAGGAUGUAUCAGGGCAUUGGUAUGGGUAUGUGUCUCCAGAUGAUGUUCCUACCUUGCUGGAGCACCAUAUUGGAAAGGGAGAACUUGUGGAUUUCAUGUGGAGGGGACAGAUGGGACUGUCAGAGGAUGACCAAGAAAAGUCUCAGAGACUAAGGCUCCAAGUCAAUGGCAAGUCCUACCUGGAAAGUGGGUUAGAAAAAUAUAUUCAUUCAAGCCAACAGCCAAUCAACGGCACGUGUGGAUCUCAGGCGGAUGGUAGUACACAAUGUUGCCCGUCAAACGGGAGCUUUCUUUGUUGUCAAAAGAGCAGUCCAUUACCGGACCAAAGAACCAAUUACGCUCAUGAUGGCGAGGUGUCAAACUUUAAACUUGAAAGCAUAAAGAGUUUGAGGAUACGAAGUAAGGGCCCUAAUGGAUCUCAGGUACGCAAAGUUUGCUCUGUACCUUCGUGGCCUGAACACUGGGUGCGUGAAGAUACUUACGCAGUUCUUGCUGUCAUUGUUGCUGCCAUGUCAGUUGCUUUCACAUUCAGCUGCUUCAAACAACACAAGUAACUUUACCCUUCUGCACUUUGGUGUCAUACUACGUAGUUGUGAUUGUAAAUUUAGUCGGAAUGUGUUUCGUGUAAUAUACAAAACCACUAAGUUCUGUAUAUUGUGUCCAUCAAGACUGUGUAUCUAAUCUAUGUUAUUCUAAAGCUUUGUGAAUAUGAUUCUCUCAAGGAGUAGAUGUAAGGUUUAUGUACAUUUUGUCCCUCGCAGACUUUAUUAUUAGAGUGCGAUAUAUACAGACUAGUACCAUGUAAUUUAUUUAGACUCAAUUUAGUCCUCAUUCAUAAAUGCUGUGUUACAUA